AUGGACAAAUUCCGGAUGAUCUUCCAGUUCCUGCAAUCUAACCAGGAGUCCUUCAUGAAUGGUAUCUGCGGCAUCAUGGCACUGGCCAGCGCCCAGAUGUACUCGGCCUUCGAUUUCAACUGCCCCUGCCUGCCAGGCUACAACGCAGCCUACAGUGCUGGCAUUCUGCUGGCGCCUCCCCUGGUACUCUUCCUGCUGGGCCUGGUCAUGAACAACAACGUGUCCAUGUUGGCCGAGGAGUGGAAACGACCCCCAGGCCGCCGGGCCAAGGACCCCGCCGUGCUUCGCUACAUGUUCUGUUCCAUGGCGCAGCGCGCCCUCAUCGCCCCUGUCGUGUGGGUCGCUGUCACGCUGCUGGAUGGCAAGUGCUUCCUCUGCGCCUUCUGCACGGCCGUGCCCGUGGCCACCCUGGGUAACGGCAGCCUGGCACCCAGCCUCCCUGCCCCUGAGCUCACCCGCCUGCUGGCACGGGUGCCCUGCCCUGAGAUCUAUGACGGGGACUGGCUGCUGGCCCGGGAAGUGGCCGUUCGCUACCUGCGCUGCAUCUCCCAGGCACUGGGUUGGUCCUUUGUGCUGCUGACCACGCUGCUGGCAUUCGUAGUGCGCUCAGUGCGGCCCUGCUUCACACAGGCUGCCUUCCUCAAGAGCAAGUAUUGGUCUCACUAUAUUGACAUCGAACGCAAGCUCUUUGAUGAGACAUGCACAGAACACGCCAAGGCCUUCGCUAAAAUCUGCAUCCAGCAGUUCUUUGAGGCUGUGAACCACGACCUGGAGCUGGGUCAUGCCCAUGGGGCACUGGCUACAGCUACCACCCAUUCAGCCGUGCAUAGCCCUUCUGAUGGUGCUGAGGAGGAGAGAGAAAAGCUGCGUGGCAUCACUGAUCAGGGCACCAUGAACAGGCUGCUCACGAGCUGGCACAAAUGCAAACCACCUCUGCGGCUGGGCCAGGAGGAGCCACUGACGGGCAAUGGCUGGGCUGGGGGUAGGCCCCAGCCUCCACGCAAGGAAGUGGCCACCUAUAUCAGCAAAGUGUGAGCUAUGGUAGC